AUCCAUUCUGCUUUCCACAGUUAACUCUAGUUAGUAGCUUGCUGUUGCAAGUACUUCAAAUUCAAACCUCUCAUUUUCCAUUGGGGUACAGAAUGUCAUGCAGAAGAGAAAAAAAAAAGAAGAAGAAGGAAAACAUUUCAUGCUUAUCAGCUAGUUUCACCUAAUGAAUACUAAUAUUUUGUCACUGGUUUUGGAUAUGUAAUAAUGAUUGAUGAAUUCUAAUAGAUUGCCACUGGCUGCGCACAUAUACAGAGGUAAAAUGUCCUUAAAACCUUGAAAAACCGAUCUGUAUAGAUCAGCAUCAAGUUAGGCCGGUAGAGGGGCUUAUGCUAUGAAAGUUAGUAGAGGGGUUUCAUUGAAACAAACGGAUUAAUUGAGGGUCUAUACAUCAAUUUUAUUAUUACUUUUUUAACAGCCAUGCGAUAUACCUUAAUUUCCUAGUACUACUUGGAUUCUGACGUCUCAGUUCCUUCUCCCAAACGAAUAUGGAAUCAUACGUAUGUAUAUAUACAGCUUCCAAUUGUAGAAUCUGGUCCAGAAAAUUUCGUUUUGCGAUGACGAAAUUCAGCAAGGGAAGUAAAGUGGAGGUUCUGCGCAGGGUGGCUGGGAGCGUGACCGGCUCUUGGCUUUGUGGCGAGAUCAUCUCUGGCGAUGGUCAGACUUACAGCGUCAAGUACGGGUGGCUACCGACGACGAGCAAGGGUGUGGUGCACGAGGUUCCCAGGAAGGCUAUUAGACCCUGUCCGCCUCCAGUGGAAAGGGCGGGGGACUGGGUCUCUGGUGAUCUUGUUGAGGUGUUCGAUGAUCCAUAUUGGAAAAAGGCGGUGAUCGUGAAGGUUUUAGGUGUGAACUGCUUUUCUGUUAGGCAGGUUGGGUCGUCCGCUGAGUCCAGUUUCCCUAGGUCCCAUCUUAGGGCUCGACGGUGGUGGGAAGAUGGCAGAUGGUUCGUGAUUGGAAAACAGAAGAGAAGAUCUGACUUUGAGGCCGAUGCUCUUGCUGCUAAGAAGAUUGGAGUGAUGGGAAAAGAUGGUAGCCGUCAAAUAUCAAUGCCACUGCAUCCAUCUCCAUUGUCUGGAAAGCUACUAGGUUUCCCAUCUGCUUUGGAGAAAAUAUCAUUGAGAACUUGGGGGAUAAUUUUAGUGAUGCUAAAGCCAAAACUAAAUCACUUUGUGGUGGUGGGUUUGGAAGAGUAGCAUCUGCCCUUUCUGCAAGUGGGAGAUUGAGAACAGACAUCCAUAAGUCAGAGCUACAUGCCUAUCGUCAAGUUCUUCAGGCAUUAUAUGCUUCUGGGUCUUUUAGUUGGGAAGAAGAAUUAAGGAUGACAAACCUACGAUCUUCACUCCAUAUAUCAGAUGAUGAACACAGGAUGGAGCUAAGAAAGUUGAGUAGGAAUUUCCUUUCUUGUUAUUAGUUGUUAUUAGAUAUUCUUUUGAUUUCUUUUUGUUUUCCAAAUAUGCAGCUGUUUUCCGAAAACUACAAGAAUGUGAGAAUAUUCUGGUGCCAAUCUUAGAGGCAUGCAUACCUUGCUUCUAUGGUUUGAAGAUGAGAAUGGGGAUAAUUUUGUCACCUCUUCCAUGGACCAUUGGAAACAUCUCCAAAAUUUCUCACUAAAGGAACUCUUUAGACUUACCAAGUGGUAUGGUUUCAUUUCUCUUCUUUUGAACUUUUGAUUGCUCCAAAUGAAGCCUAAAUAAACUGUCAUGUGAGCA